AUGGCCACCCCCAGUGUCCUGACUUUUGACGCUGAGGGUCGCGCCAUUGACUUUGCAGUCUGGAUUGAGGACCUGCAGCUGUACUUACUGUGCGAUGCGAUCGAUGAGGUUUCUCUCUUUGACGUUGUCUCUGGCGCUGUCCCUGCCCCUCCUGCUGAUGCUGACCCCACUGUUCGCUCCAAGUGGGCCACACGCGAUGCUGCUGCACGUCUUGCUGUGCAUCGCCACCUCCCUUCCUCCGAGCGUGCACACUUUAGUCAGUGCAAGACCGCUCAGGCCUUGUACGACGCUGUAGUUGCGCGCUACUCCUCCCCUUCCACUGCAACACUGAGCCGCCUCAUGCUACCGUACCUCUUCCCUGAACUUGCUGCCUUUCCCACAGUCACUGACCUCUUUACCCACCUUCGCGCAAGUGACACUCGCUACCGAGCUGCGCUUCCUGCUGCCUUCCUCGCCGAAAACCCCCCUCCCAUGUACAUCACCCUCUACUUUCUAGUCACCCGUCUCCCUGAGUCCAUUCGUGCUGUUAGGGACCAGAUUCUCUCUGUCUGUCCCACCACCCUCACUGUCGACCUCCUUGAGAAGUCCCUGCUAGCAGCCGAGAAGAGCAUAGUCGCUGUAGGGGCCUCUCGUGGUGACCCGCGCACCCCCAUCUUUGAGGGGUGUUCUCCUUCCCCCCUGCUACCCUCUAUCGCCUCUGCUGCUGCGGCCGACCUCGUUGGUUUAGAGUCGGUCGGUGCGGCGUCUGCCCCCAACGGUAGGCGCCGCUCUAGGAGGAGCAAGGGGGGCAAGGGAGCGGGUGGAGCUAGCGGGGGCGGUGGCGGAGGAGGUGGGGGCGGCGGGGGGAGUGGGGGUGGCGGUGGGGGUGGAGGCAGGAGUGGAGGUACUGGUGGCGGCGGUGGAGGCAGAGGUGGCGGCGGAGGUGGUGGCGGAGGAGGCAGUGAGAGCGGCGGGGGCGAGGGUGGCGGUGGCGGCGGUGGCGGCGGAGGCGGGGGUGGCGGUGGUGGAGGUGGUCGGAGUGGCUCGUCCCAGAGGAGCGGCACUGGGGGUGGUCAGCGCCAGCAGCAGCAGCAGCAGCAGCAGCAGCACUCUCGCGACGUCCCCGCCCCUCAGCAGCUCCGUGAGUGCUGUGCUUGA